UGUGCCUCAUUCAGCUUCUGAAUUAUCAUACCCACCCUUUAGUGUCCAGUAUACGGUCUCGCGACUGCCUGUCGCUGGCCAGGAUAAGAAAUGUCAGAGCCUACGACAUCCAGCAGUGGCCACACACCUCAAGAUUGUUAUUCCAGUUUUACUCAGAAACCAAGUAUCCAAGAUAAAUUUCGCGACAUUGAUGAUGCCAGCAACCUGAAGCACUAUCGGACUCUUUUGCAAGACCCUCAAGCAAGAAAUUUUGUGCUCGACUUCGGCAAUGAAGAUGCAUGGUGUGCUGUGAACUUGGACCAGGAAGAGAUAGCGCUACUACUGCGCAAGCCAAAGCCAAAUUGUUAUGGUACUCGGUGGAUUAAUAUAUGGGCCCCCGAGCAGCAAAAGGAUUUGAUAAAGUCCAUCACCAGUCACUAUGGUGUAUCGGAACGGCUACAGGGCAUGAUGUGCACAGACCCAGUCGAGCGUCCAUCGAAACCUCCGGUCCCUGCUGAGCCUUCACGAACUAGCUACUCUAGACACCGCGACCGGUUGCCCUCAAAUCGAUUGAACGACCUCGAAGAAGGCAAUGCACUCAGAAAUUUGACAAAUCCGGAGGAGAUUAGCGCACUGGCAUCGUUCAGGGGUCUCACCUUUGCCCACGUCAUCGACCAAAUAUGGCAUUUUUGCUCGGUGGAUUAUGGGCCAAGGUGUAUGUCCAACUUUAUUGAACUGCUGGAGCCAGAUUUCUUACGGAUGACAGAUACUUGCGUCGGUUACAAUUCGAUCUAUGUGAUCCCAGGUCAUGAGAUGGACAAUGGGAAAGACUUACCGGCUGGUAGGCGGUUAUGGUCCUGGCUAAUUUUGUGCGAUGAUGGGACUGUCAUAAACAUGCAAGAGAAUCCGUUUCCUGGCCUAUCAGGCCCGUCGGAGAAAGAAAUCAAGGCUGUCCUUGGUGUGGUUCGCCGGAACCUGCAACUUAUCUUCUCCGGGGUCUCCAAACACCACCCCGCCUCCUCAGAAAGCGACUCCUUAGUGACGAUUCGGGUGCGGCCGUCCUCCGAGGCGUGCCCGGAACAGACGAGCAUUAGACAAGAAGACGGGCCGAGCUUACUUUUCUACUACAUCUUCGAUGACUGGGUGUCAUCCUAUGCCCUUGUGGCGAAACGUGAGCACAAAUAUGGCGUCGCUUUAGACCGGCUGAGACAAAACAUGCUAGCCAAGCCGGUCGUGGACCUGAUUGACGAAUUGCACUGGCUGGGAAGGCGAUUGGCAGUCCUCAAGCGUCUCUACCAGAGCUACGAGCUGAUCAUGAUGCGCAUUCUUCAACGACAGCGAUCACUUCAUGAUAAAGCACGCUACAAUUACCCUCAACUGGCUCUCGGACAGACAUUUGGAGACAACGACUCCAACGAUGCUCAACAACAAUCCAUGCAGAACAGCUUUAGUCUUUCAAGUAUCCCAGAUGGCUCGGUUGGGGUACCUCUGAGCUCCGCAGCUGUGGCUCGGUUCGAGAGGCUGGUUGACCGCAUCAAGCUGUAUUGUCUCUCUGAAAUUGAGGCAUGCUUGACAGAGAAAGAGAAUCUAACCUUUUUGAAUUUCAACUUGAUAGCGCUCAAAGAUUCGCAGGCUGUGGAGAAGCUGACCAGGAUCACUAUCCUUUUGGCGAAAGUGACGAUCCUAUUUCUACCGGUCAGCCUGAUGACGGGGUAUUUCUCAACGGAACUUCAGAAUGUCAAGGGCGAAUACACAAUCACGCAAUACUGGGCCAGCUUCGGCGUCAUUAUGUUCCUGUCCUUUGUGUCACUUGUCUUCUUCGGUUAUGUCAGUGACACUGUGGAAGGCAGGCCGAUCUACGAGUCGUUGUUCCAGAAGUUCUUCCGGGUAUCUCGAAGCAAAAUCUCACCCAGUCGCAAAGACAUACGAGAUACAUGAAGCCACCUCACCCAUCUUCAAGGAUAUGGACAAGUCAAGAGGCCAUGAUUGAUGAAGAUGGACAUGUACUGUACAAUAUGGGAUUCUCAGCCGAGGGACAUUAUGCUCGCUGACUGAUCUACGUCUGCCAAGUUCAAUAAAACAUUGUUUGCAUUUUGACUUUCUAUCACCCAUGCAUAGACCCAGAGUGACUGACGGUUCUUUCAUGUGAAGGCUUAUAUGCCUGGAAGAUCAGGCACUGCCGCCGCCUGA